AUGUCUUUCAAGAGCAAUGCUGACCAAGGCACCGAUGGUCCAGAAGAAGUGCUCAAGGCAGGUGCACUCUACCGCGAGUGUGAUAUCGUUAACCCUCGGAUGCCAAGUCCUACGAUGACAGACGCUGCCGACGCGCAGCUAGCUAAGUCGGUUUACUUGGCUGGUAACGAUGUUGAUGAUGACGGGGGAUACACACAGGCCACAGACUUGACGGCCACUACUGCUGCAGACGGCACACAAUUGCAAGGACAUCCUGAGGCUGCCUCCGAGUCUGAAGAGGCGCCUCAAGCCCCUGCGUUCUCUCUCAAUUUCCAGCCCGAAGUCAUUGACGAUGAGGUGGAUGAACAACUGUCCGCUCCACUGUCUGCCAUAUCACCGCAUCUAACGGUGUCUAGCGGUGACGUGUUGACGUCUACCCCCGAUUCUGCACAAACAAGUUCCACCCAACCGUCAUCCAGGGCCGUAUCGCUUGGUAAGCGUCCGCGAAGUUUGUCUGACACAAGUGAUAGUAGCCAGGAUGUACCUUCUGUGCCAAGCACUCGUCUGAUUAUCAAGAUUUCUCCCUCAGCAGCACGCCUCAGCUCUCUUCAAGCGAAGAAUGGCGUCAUUUCAAGUUCCCGUUUUCCGUGUGCGCAGUCUGAGCAGGGUUUGAAUGCAUCGGACACUCAGCCUGAGGACCCACAAGAAGAAUACUGCUGGUGUCGAGGGCCGGAAUCUGGAGAAAUGGAUGGGAGGCCUCUCAAGCAUCCAGACAUGCCGCGUAUCAUCCGUCCCCCUGAGCUGACGUUCUACAAGCUAUCCGACGGUCAAGUCAAAGACGAAUGGGGCUUGCCCAGCGACGUUCAAGUUUGGUCGAUGGCCUGCACGAUAUGGGAGAUAGCAUUCUCAGACGUGAUGCUCACAUAUGGCAGCGACGACGAUAACAUGCUUAUCUAG